AUGUUCGAGAUCGUCAUGAAUGGGCCUGAGGAUAUAUCGAGCGCCAUGGACAUAGAGUUCGAGUGUCACUGGGUGAGAGGGACAAUAGCGAGGCAAGGCUGUCCAGAUCUGGUGAUGUGGUCAAUACUAGAUGUGUUCCUUGCUGCAUCCGGGGGUGCUGGAGGGGGGAAGCAAUCAGAUGACUGUCACCAGUUACAAGUGGUGGUGACGUCAACUAGCAGUGUGGUUGGGCUUGUCGGACUCGAUUCGGCAAACUCGGCGCCUUCUCCACACACCUCUAUUCAGAUUUGCUACGCAACCACCACCGACUUGAGUGACCAAUCUGGUUUUCAUCUUUGUUCGAAAGGGGAACUCCCGGCUCCGGCCUCAAGAGUGUCGAACUUUUUAGAGCCAUACGGCCUCUCGAAGAGCUCCAAAGGCUUCUCUCUCAACGGGAGGAAGUGGAGGAGGGAGUUGAUCCUCUGUUUCAAAUUGCUGUUCUCCGACACAGGCUUCGAUAUCAUGAACAGCUCAACAUCACCCCCCCAGUGGUCUUCUCGUCAAUCAUGCGGACCGCGUGGCGGAAAGUAUCGAUCAAGGUGUCAGAACAUUUAUGACAUCGGGGGACUUGUAUCGCCAUCUUGCCCAAAACCGUGUGCCCCUACUUUGCUGACCUCACUAUGGAACGAGGCGGGUCCUCGCCUAUGGAUUGACGUUAUCUUCUUCCGGGUGUCGGCUAUGCUAUCAGGCAGCCAGGGCAUGGUACUCAUCAUUGAGCAACACGUCCCAGCAGAAGCACCCUCGCAAACAUUGCCCCAUUUCCAAUACGCCAAGCGCCAGAACUCAAACGGAUUGUUUGUGACUGAAGCGAAGCAGGUAGGAGUACCGGUAGUCCAACACAUCCCUCACGCGGUGGCCGGAAUGUAUGCCUGUGCCAAGGAUUCCAAGUUCUACCCAGCUUUCUGCCCACGCUUGUCACUAAUGCAUAUUGGGCCGCAUUCAUCGAAGAAAAGGAUUAUCCGCGGUGCUCUCACGAAUGGGCAAGAAUGGAUUUUUCUGAUUUUCUAUCUCAGUGAAGAUGAAAUCCGAGGAACGUACGCAGACUCACCCAUAAUCAAGAUCCAAAAUGAGUUCGGUCGUGACCCUAAGCAUAUAUUUUUCAUGUUACAUUCUGAAUUUCAUUUCCCCGCAUAUCGUAACCCGUUAAGCGCUGAGCAGUAUAUAUGGGUUGAAUUGAUCUGGAGGAGUUCGAGAGUUCGACCGAAGAACUCGAGAGGAUUAAGUGGGGAUGAAGUCUCGCGUGUACAAGUGAGCUACUUUAUGAGCCGAGUGCGAAUGCAGUUCCAGUUAUGGCCACAUGCAUACUGUGCUAGACAGGGAACGCGCACCAUGUUUGGGAGUUCCGAGCCGGUCGGAAAGCCGCCCUAG